AUGUCUGCAAAAGCAAGUACUAAGAGACCCACUUAUGAAGAAAUGAUUCGUGAAGCUAUUAUUGUUUUGAAGGAUCGUAAAGGAAGUAGUCGACAAGCUAUCAAGAAAUACAUCGCAAACACGUAUAAUAUUGAAGAUAAUGUUACCUUGACUCAAAGUUUUCGUAGAGCACUUAAUAAGGGUGUCGAGAAGGGGCUUUUUGAAUUUUAUAGCGGUCCAAAGGUUGAAAAAUCUCCAACUGUGACCAAAGCGACCAAAGCUGCUGAGCCUUCUAAGAAAACUAAGGUGAAUGUUUCUAAGCCCAAGACUACUAAAAAAGCAUCAGUCGCAAAGAAAACACCUGCUGAAAAAGCUAAGAAAAGAGUUUCUAAACGUGGAGCUGUUAAAAGGACUGCUGCUGCAAAAAGUUCCAAAAAGUCUACUGCUGCAAAACGUCCCAAAAGGUCUACUACUACAAGAUCUAGAAGAAAAUAA